AGCUCUAUCCCAUGUUUCCUUGUUCUCUACUCAAUAAAUAGGCAAAACAAUUACAUUACACACAUACGCAACAUUCAUGUUUUUUCUAAAUUGGUCACACAAAAAUUGAAGUUUCAAAAUUUUCAACCAUGUUGAAGGAUUUGUCACAAAAACCCUUAAUUUCAAUUCUUGUACUUAUUUUUUCCACUGUUAUAGUACUAUCUACACCUCCAGAGGAUCCAAUCAAGUGUUCUAAUUCACAGAACACAACAUGCACAAUCACCAACUCCUAUGGAAUGUUCCCUGAUAGAACUAUAUGUCAAGCUUCACAAGUUUUUUAUCCAACUUCUGAACAAGAACUAGUUUCAAUGGUAGCAUCAGCAAGUCGAGAAAAGAUCAAAGUCAAGGUUGCUACACGUUAUUCACACAGCGUACCAAAAUUGGUAUGUCCAGAAGAUUCAAAUGGGAUAUUAAUAAGCACGAAAUAUCUCAACAAGGUAGUAAAAAUUGAUGUGGAAGAAAAAACAAUAACAUUGGAGAGUGGUGUGACAUUGAAGCAAAUUAUUAAUGAAGCCUCAAAAAAUGGUUUGGCUUUACCAUAUACACCAUAUUGGUAUGGUUUAACAAUAGGUGGAAUGAUCGGAACUGGUGCUCAUGGAAGCACAUUGUCGGGGAAAGGAAGUGCGGUUCAUGACUAUGUUGUCGAGAUAAGGAUCGUUAGGCCUUCGGAUUCUGACGAUGGAUAUGCUAAAGUUGAGAUUCUUAAUGAACAAAACAAUGAAGAUUUUAAUGCAGCUAAAGUAUCACUUGGUGUGCUUGGUGUUAUUUCACAGGUUACUCUAAAGCUAGAACCCAUAUUCAAGCGAUCCAUUACGUAUGUGGCAAAAAGUGAUUCCGAUUUGGGAGAUCAAGUGGUGAGUUUUGGGCAUGAACAUGAGUUUGCAGAUAUAUCGUGGUAUCCAAGUCAACACAAAGCUAUGUAUCGAGUUGAUGAUCGUGUUCCUAUAAAUACAUCUGGCAAUGGUCUCUAUGAUUUUAUCCCCUUUCGUCCCACUCCUUCCAUUGCACUAGCUGCCAUAAGAAUCACAGAGGAUCUUGAUGAAUUCACUGGUAAUGUUGAUGGAAAGUGCAGAGUUGCAAAAUUAACAACAAAUAUUCUCUUCAAAUCUGCUUAUGGGCUUACGAAUAAUGGUAUAAUCUUCACUGGAUACCCUGUAAUUGGAUUUCAUAAUCGUCUUCAAUCUUCUGGAUCAUGCUUAGAUAGUCAUCAAGAUGCAAAGAUAACAACAUGUGCUUGGGACUCAAGAAUAAAAGGAGAGUUCUUUCAGCAAUCCACAUUUCGAGUUAGUUUAUCUAAAGUGAAAAACUUUAUUGAAGAUAUACAAAAGCUAGUUCAAUUAGUGCCAAAGGGGUUAUGUGGAAUAGAGCAAUACAAUGGAAUUCUAAUGCGUUAUGUUACAGCUUCUAGUGCUUACCUAGGAAACCAAGAGGAUGCAUUAGACUUUGAUAUCACAUAUUAUCGUAGCAAAGAUCCAAUGGCUCCUAGGCUUUAUGAAGACAUUCUUGAAGAGAUUGAACAAAUUGGAAUUUUCAAGUAUGGAGGGUUACCUCAUUGGGGUAAGAAUAGAAAUGUGGCAUUUGAAGGAGUUUUCAAAAAGUACAAAGAUAUUGAGAAAUUUUUGAAGGUUAAAGAGAAAUAUGAUUCACAAGGACUUUUCUCUAGUACAUGGACGGAUCAAGUGCUUGGAAUAAAAGAAGGUGUGACAAUAUUGAAAAAUGGGUGUGCAUUAGAAGGUUUGUGUAUUUGUUCACAAGAUAGCCAUUGCAAUCCAAGUAAAGGGUACUUUUGUAGACCGGGCAAAAUUUACAAGGACGCAAGAGUUUGUUCUCGUGUGUAAUUUAAUUGGGGGGCUAAGAUUUAAAAUAUACAUGGUCAUUUUUUCUUGAAGAAAUAUAAACAUGGUCAUUUGUUAAGGUUAAAUAUUUAUCAUUAACUUUCUAAAAGAAUAAUGUAUGCCGAAUAAUUUGUGCGUGAUUAUUUAUACUCUAAU